AUGGCCGGGCUUGGCCAAGCUCCGUACCAGGCACAAAACGUCGAGGAGAAUCAGGCCUUCCUUCUCGCCCUCCAAGCUGGCCUGAAGAAAGAUCCCAACGCUACCAAGAAGAACUUCAGCUGCAAGAGAACGAGCUUCCCGGUAGUCAACUCUCCAGAUAAGCUUACUGUUGACUCGUGGCGUUUUCAAGAUUGGGACUACAAGCGUGAUGAUCUCCCAACCUAUGCCAGAGGUCUCUUCACUGGCAAGGAUGAAAAUGGACAGCCUGAGAUCUCCAUCAGAGGCUACGAUAAGUUCUUCAAUACAGAUGAAGUUGCAGCCACCAGAUGGAGCACCAUUAUGAGAGCCACGAAAGGUCCCUACGAGUUGAGUCUGAAAGAGAAUGGUUGCAUCCUCUUCCUGAGUGGUCUUCACGAUGGCUCGUUGCUCGUCUGUAGCAAGCACUCGACUGGUCCCAGAGGUGACGCGCUCAGUCAUGCUAUGGCUGGCGAACAAUGGGUAGAUAAGCAUCUUGCAGCUGUUGGCAAGACCCGACAGGAACUCUCCAAGGAGCUUCGAAGGAGAAACGUUACGGCAGUCUUCGAGCUGUGUGAUGACGAGUUCGAGGAGCACAUUCUUGCUUACGAUAAGGCCAGUUCGGGACUGUAUCUUCAUGGUCUCAAUGUCAAUAUCCCAGAAUUCAUGACAUAUCCAGGCGUUCAGGUUCAGGCUUUCGCUGAGGAAUGGGGCUUCCGAAAGACCGAAUUUUUGCUUUAUGAUGAUAUCAAUGAGACCAAGACUUUUCUCGAUCAGGUCGCUGAGACUGGCCACUACAACGGCAGAGACAUUGAAGGCUUUGUUAUCAGAUGCAAGGCUCGCCAUGGCUCUGGUCCAUACACCGAUUGGUUUUUCAAGUACAAGUUCGAGGAGCCAUAUUUGAUGUACCGCCAAUGGCGCGAGUGUACGAAGGCUAUCAUCAGCGGUAAGCCAGCUCGUUACAAAAAGCAUGUCAAGAUCACGGAGGAAUACUUGCUCUAUACUCGGAAACAACUUGCGGAUAACCCUCAUCUCGGCGAAGCUUAUCAACAAAACCACGGCAUCAUAAAAUUGAGAAACGACUUCUUGAAGGAAAAGAAUCUCAAAGGCUCUGAUAUUAUUCGACAGGAGUAUGCUGAACUAGGAGGUGCCCCGGAGGAUGUAGACAAGAACGUCAUCCUGGUACCUGUUGCUACCCUAGGCUGCGGAAAGACGACAAUCGCUGUUGCCCUCACACACCUCUUCAAUUGGGGACACGUACAAAACGACAACAUCACCGGCUCGGGCCGGCCAGCUAAAUUUACGGAUGCAGUUUUGAAGCAGUUGCAAGAUACCCCAGUUGUCUUUGCUGAUCGAAAUAACGCGGAAAAGCGUGAGCGUAAGCAGAUCAUUGAAGACGUUCACAAAGGCCAUCCCAAUGUUCGACUUGUUGCACUGAACUUUGUUCAUUCGCCGGAGACUCUCAAGAAUAUCAGAUCUGUGACCCGAACCAGAGUUCUCUCUCGUGGUGAUAACCAUCAAACCAUUCAAGCAGCCUCGAACUCACAGAAAGUCAUUGGCAUUAUGGAAAAUUUUAUCCGUCGCUUCGAACCCCUCAACGCAGAGACACGCCCCGAUGACGGAUUCGAAGCUGUCAUCGACCUUGAUCCUACUGUGGACUCCCGCGAAAACUUGGAAACCGUUAUUGGUCAACUGCACAAUCUGUUCCCCAAACUCAUCCCCGAAAUGCCCUCUAGUGAAGAUCUCGACGAGGGUAUCAGAUACUCCCUCAGCGAAUAUAAGCCUGAGACUCGACACACAAUCGGCGAUCAUAGACCUAGAAAUGGACAAGGCAAUGACAUGAACGGCACGAACCAGCAGAAGCAGAAAAAUCGACCACAAGCUUCGACUAUCAAGAAGCAAAAGCCUCUGGAAUACGUCUCAGUAAAUCUAUCCAAAGCUCAGAUUCUUGAUAUCCUCGAGAGCACCUUCGCAUCUGUCUCGACCAAUGAAGCUCGGUUCUUCAGGAAACUCCAGGAUAGUCGCCGAGUUCAGCCCGAAUUCCACGUCACUCUGAUACACCGUGCGUCUUCAAAAGAUAACCCAGAGCUUUGGCAAAAAUAUAGCGAUCUUCAUACUCGUAGUGGUGAUCCAUCGAACCCGAACACUAAGAUUGGCAACUGCAGGGUGUUGUUAGACAGGAUCCUCUGGGAUGACCGUAUCAUGGCCAUCGUUGCUAAACUCGUUGAUGAGGGAUGGGAGUGUACCAAUCAAGUCGCUCAUAUAACUAUUGGUACCAGAGGAAACGACGUCAAGCCAAAGGAGAGUAACGACCUUCUGAGGCGAUGGAUGGAGCUUGGCAGCGGUGAUCAUGUUGGUAUUGGAGAGGCUGCCAUUGUUGGUCGUCCAGUUCUCGAGGGCACCGUCAAAGGUAUUCUUUCACGAUAA